CUGCCUUUACGUUUAUCGUCUUCUACAUACUUGGUCUUGUCUCUUCCCUCAUGACCCUCGCUCGAAUGGCUACCAGAACCAAGGCCAAGCGGCCCGCUGCCGCCCCUGCCACCACAGGCGCUACAAACUCGGGACGAAAGACGUUCGACUAUUUCGGCCAAGCAAAAAAGCACAGGCCCGACGAUGCCUCAGCUGUCGAUGUGCCCACACACAAAGUGCGGUGGCGGGACCUGCGCGGGACAUGGAUCGGAACAUACAUGGCGCCCACCCCCUCCUCAAAAUUCGCUGCCUUCGACCUGGACAGCACGCUCAUUGAGGUCAACGGUACCCACCGCUUCCCAAAGAACGCCAGCGACUGGCGUUUUCACCACCCCAAGGUGCCAGAGCUGCUGCGCAAUGUCCACAAGCAGGGCUACAAGAUUGUGAUUAUAUCGAACCAGAACGGCCUCAAGCCCAACAAGGGCUCGACAGCGCUGACUAAGAAGGCUGUCGAGUUUCGUGACAAGAUCUCGCAGAUCGCCAAGCAGCUCGACGUGCCAUUCACCAUCCUGGCUGCCACCGCCAAGGACUAUCUGAGGAAACCGAGCCCUGGCAUGUGGAUCGCAGCCGAGCUCGACAAUGCCGGUGUUGCUGUAGACCGGUCGCUGAGCUGCUACGUCGGCGAUGCUGCUGGUCGGCCGGGAAAGGGCAAGGCUAAGCCGGACUUUAGCGACUCUGACUUGGCCUUUGCUCUGAACCUCAACGUACCCUUCUAUGUGCCUGAGGAGGUGUUUACCAAGGACAUCCUGUCCAAGGACGCGCCGUUCCCGCUGCCCACGCCGCAGGACUGGGCCAUUGGCCGCUUCCAUCCCAAGGGUAUGGAUUCAGCAGGCGACGCGCACAAGGAGCUGGUAUCCAAACUCGCCACCAGAGCCGCCAAGGCCGACAAGGACAACCGCCUUCUUGUAUUGCUGGUCGGACCGCCAGCCAGCGGCAAGUCCACGUUUGCGGCAAAGCACCUGGUACCCCUUGGUUUCGAACACAUCAGCAUGGACACGCUCAAGACUCCGCGCAAAUGUCUGGCCACUGCAUCAUCCGCCCUGUUCAAGGGCACACCUGUUGUAAUUGACAACACCAACCCCGAUCCUGCCGCCCGCAAGGCAUAUAUCGACGCUGGGAAGAAAGUGGGUGCUGACUGCAUAUGCAUCCUGUUCGACUACAAAGGCCGCGAGCUGGCUCUUCACAACAACAGCUAUCGUGCUAACCUGCCGCAGUCGAGAUUUCUGCAUGCGACUGAACCCGGCCAAAGCCUGGGGGAUCUCCCAGCCAGGCUAGACAAGGUACCCGAUGUCGCCUACAACAUGUUUUUCAAGCGGCUGGCUCUGCCAGAUGCAAAGGAAGGCCUGUCUGAAAUCAUUCACUAUCCGUUCAUUCCCAAGUUCGACUCUGCCAAAGACCACGAGCUCUGGCACCAGUUCUAUUAGCACCAGCAGGCCAUAGCACCCGUGCAAUUAACAUUAUUAUGCCUCGUACUGAGUGAGAAGUGAUGUGCCUUUAGAUGUCUGAGAUAUAUGGCCAGAAACAGGCAUUACUCGUAAUGAAAAACGGAACUGAGUAGGACCGAGCGCUCCAGCGCCACGAAUAUAUACCUCACCAGCCGCAGCCACCACAUACACCUGUGAUCACACCUUUGGUGGCUAUCAGCCGUAGUGAUAUAUUAGCACAGCUGUCUAUGCCCAUGUGCCGGGACAAGCUUGGCUUUAGUGCAGCAGGUAAGAGGCUCUUCGUUUGCUGGUGGGCCUGGCCGCUCCGAGUCGACUGACAUGCCAGGACAGGAGGUUGCCCCUGAUCACGCUGUUGUGCCUGGUAAUUGAUCAAGGGUCAGGGACGCCAACACGCUGAUCUGAGCGUUCGAACCUCGUCGCUCAGCUCCUUCUCUUCUACGAC